UUUGUGAGUCCAUAUCAAAAUACGAAGGCAAAACGCACAAGUUUCCUCUCCAAAGCCAAAUCCCAUAAAGUAUAAACCACUUGUAUUUCCAAAUCCAAUAUAUAAAACCGAUCGCGCCUUAAUUCAUUCAUUUUAUCUCUUAUCUAUCACACACAGUUUGCGAUAUGGUGUUCAGCGUAGACCGAUCGGAGAUAGCUUUCUUCGAUUUGGAAACAACUAUCCCAACCCGACACGGACAGCCGUAUGCCAUCUUGGAAUUCGGGUCGAUAUUAGUUUGCCCUAAGAAGCUCAUUGAGCUGGAGAGCUUCGAGACACUGGUUAGACCACAUGAUCUCUCCCUCAUUUCCGCCUCGUCCGUUCGCGCCAACGGAAUCACCGCCGACGCCGUCGUCUCCGCCCCGACCUUCUCAGAUAUCGCAGAUAGGGUUUACGACAUCUUACAUGGAAGAGUAUGGGCGGGUCACAAUAUAUUAAGGUUUGAUUGCGUGAGGUUAAGGGAGGCGUAUGUGCAGAUUAAUCGGCCGCCGCCGGAACCCAAAGGAACCAUUGAUUCAUUGGCGUUGUUGACACAGAGGUUUGGGAGGAGAGCCGGUGACAUGAAGAUGGCCAGUCUGGCGGCUUAUUUUGGGCUCGGACAGCAAAGUCACCGGAGUUUAGACGACGUUCGAAUGAAUUUUGAAGUUGUGAAGCAUUGCGCAACAGUUCUUUUCUUGGUAAUUUCUCAUGGAAUUAAAACAUCUCCAUUCCUUUUUCUAUCAUUAUCUCCUUCAAUACAAAUUCACUCCAACAUACCAAUCACACAGGAAUCCGCAAAUCCAGGGGAAGACAUUCCAAUUCCAAUUCCAAUUCCAUCAAAUGAAGCCAUGGUGGAAGAUUCAUCUUCCACCACACAAUCAGACGCAUUCACCCCACAAACCGAAUUCCUCCCCUCUAAUGAAGUUUCCAUGGCUUCAAUCACUGUAUCAUCAUCCUCCGUUUCUCCCUAUUUUCACGGGUCCCACAAAAUACAAAUCCUUCACAGAGACAUCCCGUUACAGAUCCGAUGUGAUUCCAUGAGAAUACGGUUUGGAUUAAGCACAAAAUACCUCGAUCAUGCUGGAAGACCUCGCUUAAGUUUUGUGGUUGAUGCAAAUUCUUCAAAUCUAUGUGAUCUACUUAAUGCAUGUGAUAAUAUUACUAAACGAUUCAUGGAUUCUGAUUCCAACUCUGAAUGGAGACCUCUUGUUAGCAGAAAACCCGGGUUUUAUGACUCACCCACGAUUAGAUUCCACUUAAGGACUGAAGAUGGAGAUGGUAGUGGAUGGACGACAGAGAUAUACAAGAAGGAGUCGUCAUCAUUAUCUUCUUUGUCUAUACCACAACUGGUUACAAGUAGUAGGUAUGACGUGGCAGAAUUGGAUUGGUUGUUUCGUCCAGGUGGAUUUGUGGAUGCUUACUUGUGUUUGGAUCCGUAUAAUUAUCAACAAAAUGCUGGGAUCCGUUUAGUGGCCAAGAAGUUAGUCGUUCAUUAACUAAACACUAAUCUUAGGAUUAUUAUAUCUUUUGUUGUAUACUUGUAUUUAUAUAUGGUCAAGACUUUUGUUGUCACUAGAAUUUUAUGUAAAUACAUAUAAAUUUGAUUUGAUUACAAUUAAUAAUGUAAUAAUAUUAUAUUAUAUUAUAAUAUAUAAUAAACAUAAACAUAAAUGAAAACACAAGCUCAAAUUACUAUGAUUCGAA